UAAAGAGCGACUCCAGCAAAAGACAGGAGAACAAAGAAGUUUCCCCAAGUGAUCGCCUUGACGCUUGGAGAACGAGAAGCUCCGUGGGUAAUCAAGGAAUCACUGUUGAUGAUGGAGUGGUAUGUUUUGGUGUUGAUGCUGAGCUUUCCAACCCUGAGCCAGGCAGAUUGUUCAGCGCAAUGCCUGCGAUGCGCGCAACAGAUCUCCGAUUUGGACUCUGCGGUGAGCCGUUUGACUUGCACUUUAGAGUGUGAAGGAGCCGUUCCGCCUACGGGUACACUUGACAGAUGUGAGAAGGCUUUGCAGGGGCUUUCAGAUGAUUUAGCGGAGCUCAAUCCAGACGCAGACGGAGAAAAAAACGCGUUAAACACCGAUGAGGACCUCCAAGAGAAAACCUCCAACCUGGUGAAACGAUACGGGGGAUUCAUCAAGAGGAUCGAUAAGAAUAAAAACAAGUUUUUCUCUUCACCCUGGAAAGAGAACGCCAUACUAAAAGGACUGUUCGCGAAGAAAUACGGAGAAUCUCUGUCGAAACUGGGCGAGCGAGAUCUGCCGUCGAUAACGGAAGACGACGAGGGCGAAGAUAUGGCGGCGGAAAACGAAACGGGACUUUACGAUAAUGAAGUUCCGUUAAACGAAGUCAAGCGUUAUGGCGGGUUUCUUCGCAAAUUCGGUCCAAAACGAAGUUACUUGGUGGAUGACACCAACCCACAGGUGUUACAGAAGAGAUAUGGUGGUUUUAUGAGAAGAAUUCGUCCUAAGUUGAGGUGGGACAACCAAAAGCGAUAUGGCGGGUUUUUACGGCGCCAUUUCAAAAUCUCCGUGCGCUCUGAAGAAGAGCCCUCAUCGUACGAGGACUAUGCUUAAUAGGCUGUUUUAUCAUUGAUAACUCAACUAGAACUCAUUUUGCCAGUGCAUUCCAGUUGUUUCCACCAUGAUCUUACACGUGUUGAGGCUGUUUUACUAUCCCCAAAUGGCUGCUGACUUCUGGACGCCGUCAAUCACCUGUCGACCUGUCAAUCAUGUGCUCUGCAACUCAAUCUCAUGGCAAUUCGUGACUGAUUUUUAGGUUUUGGUGAAUUAGUGGAUAUAUUCGUAUGACCAUCUCGCUCUCUUUUGUAGCUCUCUCUCGCUCUCUUUUUUCGUACGAAUUAGCCACUAAUUCCGCAAAACCCAAAAUAGCACCCGUUGACUUUUCCUCAUGUAAGCAAUCAAUACAUACUGCAGAAAAUGCUUGUUUAAGAUGACCAAUA